AUUGAUGUUAUAUCCACUACACUGAGCACUGAGUAAUGCCAGUUGGAGCAGAGGUACACUUCGAUCUGUAAAAUACUGAUUGUUAUUGUGGCCAGAUAUAAACCACGGCUGGAAUAAAUAAAUUGAAAUUACAACAAACUCUUAAUCCUCAGUCAUGCUGUUGGUCAGCAUCGUUUUCCUCAGCCUAACUUCAAUCUCUCCAUGCGUUGCUGCCCCAUCGAGAGACUAUGUUUCUGAAAUGCAGUCAGUUUUUUCUGGGUCCAUCAGAAACAAGCUGCUGCUAAUAUCGUUUGAUGGCUUCCGCUGGGACUAUGACCGAGACACUGAAACCCCUAACCUGGAUAAGAUGGCACAGGACGGGGUGAAGGCAGCCUAUGUUACUCCAGCCUUCAUCACAAUAACCAGCCCUUCUCACUUCACAAUGCUGACAGGACGUCACGUUCAGAAUCACGGAGUUAUCCACAACAUUUGGUUCAACACUACCACUCAGGAGAAAAAGCAGUACUACAUGGCUCAGUUUGUUGAUUCCUACUGGGACAAUGGCAGCCUACCCAUCUGGAUAACUGCACAGAGACAGGGGCUUAAAGCAGGCUCUCUACAUUUCCCUGGCACAGCCGCCACCUACAAAGGAGAGACUGUGAGGGUGAGGCAAGUGGAACCUCGAUUCUAUGAUCAUUCCAAUGAUACUGACUGGAGGCUGAACAUUGACAAGGUGAUUGGAGAUUGGUUCCAUCAACAAGACCUGGACAUUGUAACUUUGUACUUCGGAGAACCAGAUUUGGCUGGGCACACAUAUGGACCAGAUUCACCAGAACUGAAGGAGAUGGUUCAGCAAGUGGAUCGUACUAUAGGCUACAUCCGGGACAAGAUUCAAGACCAUGGCCUUACUGACCGACUCAACAUUAUCAUCACCUCUGACCAUGGUAUGACUACAAUGCUACGCAAUGGACUAGUUGAAGAGAUUAUCCUCUCAAAGAUCCCUGGCUUCAGCUUCAGAGAUAUCCAGUUCCAGCUCUUGGAUUAUGGUCCUGUUGGGAUGCUGCUUCCUAAAGAGGGGAAGCUGGAAAAGGUGUACCAAGCUCUGAAAGGAAGCCACCCUCACCUUCAUGUGUAUAAGAAGGAGGAGAUGCCAGCUAGACUACAUUACAAGAACCAUCCUCGACUCCUGCCCAUCAUCCUCAUCGCUGACACUGGAUACAUUGUCCAUGGGAUGUUACCCUUGAACAACAACAAAGGAGAGCACGGCUUUGAUAAUGAAGUAAUGGACAUGAAAGCCCUCUUCAGGGCAGUAGGGCCCGACUUCCAGAGAAACCUGAUGGUAGAUCCUUUUGAGCUGGUUGAUGUGUACCCACUGAUGUGCCAUCUCCUGGGCAUAUAUCCAGAGGUCAACGAUGGACACUUGGAUAAUACCAAACACAUGCUUGUCCCCAAGAAAAACAGAGUUCCAGAGAAGAACCCGGAGGUGUUGAUUGGCUUGACAGCGGUGAUUGGGUUUCUUGUACUACUGUUCAUCAUUACCACAUCUUACAACAUGUGGAAAAGGAAUAGAGCUUAAUGAAUUUACAUUUUUAAAGCAUCUCAAUAUUCCGAAAAAAGUCAAAAAUUAGCAUGUUCUAUGCUACCUGUAGACGAAGAGGAGACAUCCUUGGUUUGUUAAAUAUUGUGUUAAAAUGAUUGAAAAAUUCAGCAUACAGAUACUUAGGUAACCCAUCUUGAAAAUCCAAACCAGCUGAUAUUUUUCUAUCGGGAUUCCUGUAACUCAAGCUGAUUUUCUUUUCAAAAUAAAUAUAAAAAUAAUAAAUAUUAAAAUUCAGUUCA